CUCUCUCUCUCUCUCUCUCUUGUAAUUAACUAAGUUCUUCAAACCUUCUCCAAUACCUCUCUCUUCUCUCUCAGCACACAGAAAGUAAGAGAAACCAAUGGCUACUAUGAGAGAUGAGUCCAUUAGAAGAGAAAUCAACUCAAAUCAGAGAAAGGAAGUCAACAAAGGCGCUUGGACAGCAGAGGAAGAUAGGAAACUGGCUGAGGUUAUUGCGAUCCAUGGUGCUAAGAGAUGGAAAACAAUUGCAGCCAAAGCGGGACUGAAUAGGUGUGGGAAAAGUUGUAGGUUAAGAUGGAUGAAUUAUCUUAGGCCUAACAUCAAAAGAGGCAACAUAUCAGACCAAGAAGAGGAUUUGAUACUUAGACUUCAUAAACUCCUAGGAAACAGGUGGUCUUUGAUUGCUGGGAGAUUACCAGGUAGAACAGACAAUGAAAUAAAGAACUACUGGAAUUCUCAUUUGAGCAAGAAAAUAAAGCUGAAGGAGAAACAAGGUGGAGCUUCAACAAGAAGAGGCUCUGAAGUUCAUCUGAGGAGUGUAGCAGAGAAUGCCCAUAUAGAAGUAAGAAGACAAGAGACUACAUCUAGUAAUGAGGGUGAGGACUCAACAAUCAGCUUCAAUGUCGAUGACUUCUUUGAUUUUUCCAACGAAGAUCCUCUGAACUUGGAAUGGAUAAGUAAGUUCCUUGAAGCUUGAUCAAAUGCUAUCCUUUUCUUUGGACUCCAUGAAUUUGAUGCUAAUAUCUGUGUAUGUGAAACAAUAAAUUUUAGAAAACCUGUUCUCUCUAUUCAUGAAACGGUAAGGUUCUUGAUGUUUUUCCUUAGCUCUGCAGCAUUAACCUCUGUUUAAGAAAGUGGAUUUCACCUGUGUUUUCACAUGUCAUAGGAAUCUUUUCCUCCCUUUGUUUGAAGGAACAGGUUGAGGUUGAGCAAACAUAUGAACAAAUUAUUGUCCUUUUUCUCUUCGUAGAUUUACUUCGGUGUGUUCUGUUUUUAUUCCCUUUUGUUUUGUUCAUGGUCUUGAUAUGGCCGCACCAAGAUCAAUACAAGGUUCAGUAAAACGACAGAACACUAGAUCAGAGUAACAUGGCCCAACCGUGAAAGUGAUAACCCUGCCGGGGAAUAUCAUUGUGACGUUAUUGAAAGAUUCCAGUAAAUAAUAUCAAUUCACUUUUACAUCAAUUUAGAAGAGAAUAGUGCCUUGAGAGGCAGCCCAUAUGAUUCCUUACUACGUUCCACCUUGUCCUUCGUCACAUGCAGCUUAGUAGAUUUUUUUUUCUUCUUCUUUCUGAUCGAGAGCUUGAAUUGAAAUUGAUUCCUUGUCCUACGUUCCACCUUAUCUUUGGUUUUCUAUAACAAAAAUGUGCUUUGCAA